UCGUCCUCUUCGUUCGUCCUCAGUGCAGGAUAACGCAGCUCCUUCUGCCUCUUCAACUAAGGAAAUCAAGUUUUUUAGACCGGGUAUUCUAUUUAUUCAACCCCCGUACUGAUAUUCUGCCUUCAACGUGAUUUUUAAGUAAUCUGUGGCAUCGUGUUUAUCUCUAAAGUUAAUUAUGGAUGUGAUCGUGCGUCGCUGCCCCUUUCUGGCCUGCGUGCCUCAGGCCUUUUUUCAACAGUCCAAAAAGACCAUGGUGACAUAUGCACAGCGAUGUCCAAUCAUGAUGGAGCUGGCCUCAAAACCCAUGGCUCCGUCGAUGGCACGAGCCCUGUGCUCUUCGUCCUCCAACCAAAAGACUGACAUCAAGGAUGCUAAUGAAGCUGCUGCAAAGAGAGUGGAGUCCAAGCUGCCUACUGGUCAUUCUGUGCAAGCUGCAGGACAGGGCGUGGCUUCCAAAUGCCCUUUCCUUGCUGCUGAGAUGAAGCAGAAGAACAGUGGUGUGGUCCGUCAAGUUACUGUGGAGUUCCAGGAGGAUGUUGAGGAAGUGCGCACCGUUCAGAAAGAGAUUUCACCUGCCCAGUUGAAGCAGCCAUCAUUGGCCAGCACCACUAAAGUGCCAGAGCCAAGUAAUUUGAUGAAGAAUCUCUUAAAGCAGCGUCCCAAAAGGGUCACCCAUCUGCUGCAGGACAACCUGCACGGCAGUAUGUUCCGCUUCCAGUAUGAUGAAUUUUUUGAGAAGAAGAUAGAAGAGAAGAAAAACGACCACACAUACCGUGUGUUUAAGACCGUGAACCGCCGGGCCACCGAGUUUCCCAUGGCAGAUGACUUCACGGGCUCCCUGGAGGAUAAACGGGAGGUGUCCGUUUGGUGUAGCAACGACUACCUGGGCAUGAGUCGGCACCCUCGAGUCGUGCAGUCGAUAAUGGACACUUUACAAAAGCAUGGCUCAGGGGCAGGGGGGACCAGGAACAUAUCUGGGACCAGCAAAUUCCAUGUGGAGCUGGAACAAGAGUUGGCUGACCUUCACAACAAGGAUGCUGCCCUGCUCUUCACCUCCUGCUUUGUUGCAAACGACUCCACCCUUUUCACUCUCGCCAAGAUGCUCCCUGGUUGUGAGAUUUACUCGGACGCCGGCAACCACGCCUCAAUGAUCCAAGGCAUCCGGAACAGCGGUGCUAGGAAGUUCAUCUUCCGCCACAAUGACCUGGCUCAUCUUAGAGAGCUGCUGGAGAAGGGAGACCCCACCAAACCCAAGAUAGUGGCGUUUGAGACUGUCCACUCCAUGGAUGGUGCUGUGUGUCCCCUGGAGGAGAUGUGUGAUCUAGCUCAUGAGUUCGGCGCCAUCACAUUUGUCGACGAGGUUCAUGCGGUGGGUCUGUACGGGGCCAGAGGAGGAGGAAUCGGAGACAGGGAUGGUGUAAUGCACAAGAUGGAUAUCAUUUCAGGAACAUUAGGGAAAGCUUUUGGCUGUGUUGGGGGCUACAUCGCCAGCACCUCUUCACUUGUGGACACCGUUCGCUCCUACGCAGCCGGGUUCAUCUUCACCACCUCCCUCCCCCCCAUGCUUCUGGCUGGGGCCCGGCAGUCAAUCCAGACCCUUAAGGGGGAAGAAGGUCGCAUGCUGAGGCGUAAACACCAACGUAACGUGCAGCUGCUCAGACAGAUGCUAAUGGACGAAGGGCUCCCUGUCGUGCACUGCCCCAGCCACAUCAUCCCAGUUCGGGUGGCAGACGCUGAGAAAAACACAGAGGUGUGUGACAUCAUGAUGAAUCGCCACAACAUCUAUGUGCAGGCCAUCAACUACCCCACCGUUGCAAGAGGGGAGGAGCUUCUACGCAUUGCCCCCACACCUCACCACACCCCAGAGAUGAUGAAAUACUUUGUUGAGCGGUUGGUGCACACGUGGAAGGAGGUCGGCCUCGAUCUGAAGCCCCACUCCUCGGCAGAGUGCACGUUCUGCCAGCAGCCGCUUCACUUUGAGCUGAUGAGCGAGCGGGUGAAGUCGUACUUCAGCGGCCUCAGCCACCCAAUCUCAGCCUGCGCAUAACACUACUCAUUAAUGCUCGCGCAUUAUGGCACAUAAGCACCCAUUCCUCUGUCGCUGUCAUAAAAUGUAUUAAUUAUGUUUAAUAAGUCCUAUUAUAUGUAAUAUUUAAGAUAUUCUAUCUUCAGAUGUUCUAUAAGCUCCAAAUAAAGCAUAAAAGGAA